AGAGAGAGAGAGAGAGAGAGAGAGAGGGGCAGAAAGAGGACAGAGUGAAAUCAUCUAUUGCAGGCAUUUAGGUUUCUGUCGCCGAUGGAGAUAGGCAGAGUAAGGUAGGAUACCACCACUACCUUAUCGAGGGACCGCAUCACCACACACAUACACACACCGCACACACAGAAACACACCACGCACACUCCAUAGGAGAAGCUGGUGAAGCUCGGAGGGGAAAACACGCUUCGCUUCUCUGUGGUUUGGAACGCUAGAAGACUAACACACCGUAUAGGAGCCUCAGCCAGCCCUUGUCUCCAGGAUCCUCUAGCAGCAAUAACGCUCACAAACAGCUCUCCACUCCAAUAAUACAGCUAUCUCCAUCAGACCAACUCUCCACUCCACAGCUCUCCACUCCACUAGCACAGCUCUCUCCAUCCGACCAGCUCUCUUACAACUCUCUCUCAGCUCUCUCCCAACCGCUACCAUGAACUUCCUGCGUCGCCGGCUAUCUGACAGCAGCUUUAUAGCUAAUCUUCCUAACGGCUACAUGACAGACCUCCAGAGAUCUGACCCUCCACCGCCUCCCCCCUCUACAGCCACCCCAGGAGUCCCAGCCACAUCCUCAGGACAAGCUCCAGCCCCAGCCCCCAACGCUGUCCCCUCUGCCUCCCCAGCUCCAGAGUGUCGGCCCCAGGCUGCCCCGGCCCCCUCCUCAGGCUCUGGGUUCUUCAGCUCCCUGACCUCCCUGAGUUCCAUCACCAAUGUGGUGAAACAGACAGCAGCUUCAGCUGGCUUGGUGGAUCAGAACCCAGCACCCGGGCCUGGUCCUGUCUCCAUGAGAUUUAAGAUCCUGCUGAUUAUCGACGAGCCGCAGCAUGAGUGGUCCAGACUGUUCAGAGGGAAGAAGCUCCAAGGAGACUAUGAUGUCAAAGUGGAACAGGCGGAGUUCUCUGAGAUCAACCUGGUAUCCCAUGCCAACGGGACGUGUAACGUGGACAUGCAGUUGAUCAGGAACGGAACCAAAGUGGUGAGGUCCAUUAAACCUGACUUUGUCCUGAUGCGGCAGCAUGCCUACAGCAUGGCCCACAAUGAGGACUUCAGGAACAUGAUAAUCGGCCUGCAGUACGCUGGAGUCCCCAGCAUCAACUCCCUGGAGUCCAUCUACAGCCUCUGUGACAAGCCCUGGGCGUUUGCCCAGCUGAUCGCCACCUGUAAGAAACUAGGCCCUGACAAGUUCCCUCUGAUCGACCAGACCUUCUACCCAAACCACAAGGACAUGAUCUCCAUGCCCUCCUUCCCUGUGGUGGUGAAGAUAGGACACGCCCACUCUGGAAUGGGAAAGGUGAAGGUGGAUAAUCUGAGUGACUUCCAGGACAUAGCCAGUGUCGUAGCCAUCACUCAGACAUACACCACCACAGAACCCUUCAUAGAUGCCAAGUACAACAUCAGGGUCCAGCGGAUUGGCAGCGACUAUAAGGCUUACAUGCGGACCUCCAUCUCUGGGAACUGGAAGAGCAACACAGGAUCAGCAAUGCUGGAACAGGUGGCCAUGACAGACAAGUACAAGCUGUGGGUGGACAUCUGCUCGGAGAUCUUUGGAGGUCUAGAGAUCUGUGCAGUCAAAGCCAUCUGUGGAAAGGAUGGGAAGGACUACAUCACUGAGGUUGUGGGUUCCUCCAUGCAGCUGAUCGGAGAGCACCAGGCAGAGGACAGACAGCUCAUCUCUGAUCUGGUGCUGACUAAGAUGAACCAGCUUCAGCCACGGAUGGCCGCUCGCUCUCCUGUCCAGAGACCGAAGGAAGUGGCAGAGCCGACCAAGAACACCGGCCAGUGGCGCCAAUCUCAAGGGGGUGCAGUGCAGGCCCAGCUGACUCAACCACAGAGGGUGGAGCCUCCAGCAGAGUUAGCCCCCAAGGUGUCCCCUCAACCAAUGCCCACCCCCCCUUCGGUUUCAAGAGCGGCCACCAUCCCCAUUCAAAAGCAAGCCUCCACUCCAGUGGCAAAACCAUACUCUGCUCCAGUCUCUAGGCCAGCCCCUGCCCCAGUGCAAAAGCAAUCCUCUGCCCCUCCACCAAAGCCACCCCCUCCUGCAGUGGUAAGGAUGACCUCUGCUCAAGGAUCAAAGCCUACCCCUGCCCUGGUGCAAAAGCCUACUCCAGCCCCAGCUCCAGUCCUUGCCCCAGCCCAUGUCUCAGCCCCAGUCCUAUCCACAACCCUAGUCACUGUCUCAGUCUCUGCCCCUGUCUCACCCCCAGCCCCAGCUCCAGCCCCAGCCCCAGCCCCAGUCCUAUCCCCAACCCUGGCCACUGUCACAGUCCCUGCCCCUGUCUCACCCCCAGCUCCAGCCCCAACUCCAGCUGCUGCCCCUGUCUCAGCUCCAACCUCCGCCCUAGCACCUGCCUUACUCCCAGCCCUAUCCCCAACCCCUGCUCCUGUCUCACCCCCAGUUCCACCCCCUGCCUCACCCCCAACCCUUGCCCCCACUACACAGCAGCCCAAGCCCCAGCCCCUGGCGUCUCCAUCAGCAGCCCCUGCCCCAGGGAAGCCAGCAGAGCUGCCUCCUCUGCCUCCCAAGCCCCUGGUGUCUCCAUCAGCAGCCCCUGCCCCAGGGAAGCCAGCAGAGCUUCCCCCUCUGCCUCCCAAGCCCCUGCCGCCCAAGCCUAUACCUCCUGUACGCCGCAACUCCAAGCCCCAGAUCCAGCCCAAACCCCAGACCCCCCUUCCACCGAAGCCCAAUCCUGAUGCUGUUUCCCCAUCCAGAGCGCCAGGCCUGUCCCUGUCCCCAAAGAGGUCCCCUGGGAGGGUGCAGUCCCCUUUCUUGCCCCAGUCCCCAGCUAAAGCUCAGCCACCAAUGGUCCUUUCCCCAGACUUCCACCCAGACCCCACCCCUAUCCUGAUGCCCAUUUCCGCCACUGGCACUGCCCCGGCCCCUGAGCCUGCUCCAGAGCCUACCCCAGCCCCAGUCUCAGUCUCAGACCCAGACUCAGCCUCAUCCCCAGCCUCAUCCCCAGUCCCAGUCCCAGCCUCAUCCCCAGUCCCAGUCCCAGCCACAGUCUCAGCCUCAGCCCCAGCCCCUGAAUCAGCUGAAGCCCAGCCUCCAGUUGAAGAACGGACAGCACCCAAGGGCCAUCCACUGCUGAAUAAGUCCCAGUCCCUGACCAAUGCCUUCAGCGCGUUGGGAGAUGCGUCGUUCUUCCGCUCCAGCUCAACCAGCUCCUCGACGGGUGGUGAGGACGAAGCCAAGGCCGAGACCAUCCGGAACAUCCGCAAGUCCUUCGCCAGCCUCUUCUCUGAUUAGUCCUCUCCCACAUGCUCUGGGAUUGGCAGAUGACUUCAUUGACAUAAGUGUAACCCAGUCUGAGAUUAACUGUGUGUAACUGUAUACCUCCCAAGUCCCGCCUCCUUCCCCUGCCUCUCUGUGUCUCUGAGGACCCGAUUGGCCAGUUGAGUGUGAUGAUGUCAAAGUACCAGCUACCUGUAACUACCUGUAGCUAGCUACCUGUGUGAAGCUCGGCCCUCGGUCAGUGUGUGAGGAGGAGGAGAUAUAUUACAUUCAGAUGCAUGAAGAUGACAGCUCCAUCAGUAGGUGUUGUGGAGCAGAAGGGAUGUUUGUAAUGAGUUGAUGUUACCCAUUGCCACUGGAUGUUGUAGCCUUAAUGUGGUGUGUUUUAUUACAGAUUAGUGUCUGUGAGUGGUGACCCCUGACUCCUGUCUCACAAUAUGUACUUCCUGUGUAGUACAGAUAUCUGCAGUACGUUCUUCAUCAUUAACAGUUGUUUAAUAAUAAUACCUCUGUAGUGGCUGUUGACCGAUGUCACUAAUACAUACAAGUAUACAUACCUUUCCUUAAAUCAGUCAAACCGCUCCUUUAAGGUUCAGACCUCUCCAUUAAUCAGUCAGACCUCUCCUUUAAUCAGUCAGACCUCUCCUUUAAUAAGUCAGACCUCUCCUUUAAUCAAUCAGACCUCUCAAUUAAUCAGUCAGACCUCUCCUUUAAGGCGUUAGACCUCUCCUUUAAUCAGUCAGACCUCUCAUUUAAGGCGUUAGACCGCUCCUUUAAUCAGUCAGACCUCUCCUUUAAGGCGUUAGACCUCUCCUUUAAUCAGUCAGAUUUCUCCUUUAAUCAGUCAGACCUCUCCUUUAAUCAGUCAGACCUCUCCUUUAAUCAGUCAGACCUCUAAUCAGUCAGACCUCUCCUUUAAGGCGUUAGACCACUCCUUUAAAUCAGUCAGACCUCUCCUUUAAUAAGUCAGACCUCUCCUUUAAUCAAUCAGACCUCUCAAUUAAUCAGUCAGACCUCUCCUUUAAGGCGUUAGACCUCUCCUUUAAUCAGUCAGACCUCUCCUUUAAGGCGUUAGACCGCUCCUUUAAUCAGUCAGACCUCUCCUUUAAGGCGUUAGACCUCUCCUUUAAUCAGUCAGAUUUCUCCUUUAAUCAGUCAGACCUCUCCUUUAAUCAGUCAGACCUCUCCUUUAAUCAGUCAGACCUCUAAUCAGUCAGACCUCUCCUUUAAGGCGUUAGACCACUCCUUUAAAUCAGUCAGACUUCUCCUUUAAUAAGUCAGACCUCUCCUUUAAUCAAUCAGACCUCUCAAUUAAUCAGUCAGACCUCUCCUUUAAGGCGUUAGACCUCUCCUUUAAUCAGUCAGACCUCUCCUUUAAGGCGUUAGACCGCUCCUUUAAUCAGUCAGACCUCUCCUUUAAGGCGUUAGACCUCUCCUUUAAUCAGUCAGAUUUCUCCUUUAAUCAGUCAGACCUCUCCUUUAAUCAGUCAGACCUCUCCUUUAAUCAGUCAGACCUCUAAUCAGUCAGACCUCUCCUUUAAGGCGUUAGACCACUCCUUUAAAUCAGUCAGACCUCUCCUUUAAGGCGUUAGACCUCUCCUUUAAUCAGUCAGACCUCUCCUUUAAUCAGUCAGACCUCUCCUUUAAGGCGUUAGACCUCUCCUUUAAUCAGUCAGACUCUCCUUUAAGGCGUUAGACCUCUCCUUUAAUCAGUCAGACCUCUCCUUUAAGGCGUUAGACCUCUCCUUUAAUCAGUCAGACCUCUCCUUUAAGGCGUUAGACCUCUCCUUUAAUCAGUCAGACCUCUCCUUUAAUCAGUCAGACCUCUCCUUUAAUCAGUCAGACCUCUCCUUUAAGGCGUUAGACCUCUCCUUUAAUCAGUCAGACCUCUCCUUUAAGGCGUUAGACCUCUCCUUUAAUCAGUCAGACCUCUCCUUUAAUCAGUCAGACCUCUCCUUUAAUCAGUCAGACCUCUCCUUUAAUCAGUCAGACCUCUCCUUUAAGGCGUUAGACCUCUCCUUUAAUCAGUCAGACCUCUCCUUUAAGGCGUUAGACCUCUCCUUUAAUCAGUCAGACCUCUCCUUUAAGGCGUUAGACCUUCAUUUAAGGUGUCCAACCACUCCUUUAAGGCGUCAAGCCAACACCAGAACUGGUCAGUUUCAACAACGUUUCAGAUCAAUCUGUCCUGUAAAGACCUUGGUGUCUAGCAGUUCUACCAACCUAUCAGCUUAUAUCCACUUAAAGCCAUCUAACAUGUUGUGUUGUUUAAUGCUAUGUAAAUGUCGUAUUGUACUUUUACUAUAUGUGAGUCAUCCAGGAGUUUAUUUUGUAAUAAUGAAUCAUUCAUCAUGUACUGUAGGUUCCUGUACUGUUUUAUUUGUCCAUAUGCAGUACUGCCUUGCAUGACCAGUAUGACCCAGUGACCCUUGUUACCAUGGUAACGUUACCUGUACAUAGAUGUCAAUAAAUAAAAAUGUGGUAAAUCAUUCCACUAAUGUAUCUGUA